AUGUACUAUUUCAAUGGAAAUGAGGAAUGGAAAUUCAAUGGAAAAGAGGAGAAUAGAAACGGAAAAAUGACCAUCAAGAUUUUUAAGUAGUAGAAAUUUUCAAGUUUGUAAAUUUCAUCACUCUAACUGAAUCAAGAAUAUAAAUAGUUAUUAUCAUUACAAGAAUAACAGGAAAUAUGUACUUUAUAUUAUUUAAAGAAUGGGAUAUAGAUUUUCGUUUGAGACCUUUGCUUAUUUGAAUUGAGUCAGUAGUACAUACACAGUGUCUUACAACUGAACUAACAAUUUUUUAGAUAAAAAAAGUUCUUGGGUAAGCAUAUCAAAUCAAUUUGAAGUCCUUGCAACAUUUUACUUACAAUUUUUCAUAAAUUUGUAUUAUUGAAUUUUAUCAAAGUUUCAUUGUAAUUUUUUAGCUUCAAAAGUUAUUAUCUUUUUUAACUUUGUUUAUAGUUUUAUGAAGCUCAAAGGGAUUGAAGUAAUAAUAUACUUUAUUUAUAAAGUAAAGCAAAUUAGUAAGAAGAAUUGAAUUAAGAAGUCGUAUAAAUACGUAAGUAAAAAAGGAGUAGUAUAAUAAAUAUGUAAAUAAAUGUAAAUUAAACGAAUGAUGAAUAUUUCUGUUUCGAUUACAGAGAACGGGCUUCUACAAUUAUUCUAAUAUUCCAUUUGAUUGUUUUGAAACAUUUUUUUUGUAAAAAAUAAUAACUCGUUUGAUUUCACCUUUCUCAGUAACAUUUCCGUAAUUUUAUUUACGCAUAAGUUAUUUUACUGGUUGAUUCCUUAAUUUAAUUAGAUUUAAGUGAUAUUAAGAUCUCAUUGGUUAAGGUAAUUUUUGAUUUUAUUAGAAAUCAAUUUAAAUACCUUCUUACCUCUCUAUUGUGUUCUUGUGCGACUUUAGGGGUGAAAAGCAACUGGUUUAUAAAACCCAAAAACAUAAGGAUGUAGAAUCCUAGAUGCGUUAACACUGCAGUGAUAAACGGUAUCCUUUCGAACGAUUCCUUUGACCUUGACUUUACCGGCUCCGCUCUCGUUCUUUCUUCUGGAAACUAAAUGCACGCACAACUUUGAAAAUACUUUCACUGAUAAUUAGACAAAUCAUAAAAAUUCAUAUCUCUAUGGAUAUAAUUAAAAAAGUGAGUAUUCCUUCAAUCUAAAUAAAGAUUUAUUAUUAUAAGUUUAUUUAUUAUUAUACGUAGACUUCGAUUAUUUACGCAAAUAUAUAUUUUCUUAUAUCGUGUACUAUUUCUGAACACAUUCAAUACAUAUUUCGUUAUUAGUUUUCUUUGAAAUACAUAGUACAUGAGUCAUAAUACAUGGAUGAUUUACAGUUAUAACUUCCUGUUAUAGGGAUCGUAUAAUCAAUUUAUGGUAAGAUUAUAUAACAUAAUUUGUAUUCAUGAUUAGUAACAGUUUCAGAAAUACAAACAAUAACACUGAUUGUAUUGAGACUGUUAGUUCAAUACUUGUUUUCUUAGAGUAUGUAUUGAUUGCCAAUAUUGAUUCUAAUUGUAAGCAAAUUAUAAUUGACAAAUAGAUUAUGAAAUUAGAAAUUACGAAUUUUCAUUAUUCAAUGAGAAUGUUAUUCACCAGUCAUGCAAUAAGCAUAUUAGAUGACAGAUACAUGGAAAAUAUCUUUCAGAUAAUAAAUAAUAUUUAACAGUUGAGAAGCAAGUAUGAGUGAUCAAUAUUUGUCAAACACAAAUCAGUAUAGUUUGACGGUAUUGUAUCUAAAAAUUUUUGUAGAAUUUUUAUUACUUGUAUAUUUAAGAUAUUUAAAGAUAUAUUGUAGAACAUACAUGUCUGAAUCACUUUACUUUAAACUUUAGAUGAAAUUACAGACAACGUCAUUUUUAUAUUAUAUUAUUAUAAUAUAAUGUCUGGAUCAUUUUAUAAUAUAUUUUAUAAUCAUUAAUAUGAUAUAAUGUCUGGAUCACUUUACUUUAAACAGACAACGUCAUUUUUAUAUUAUAUUAUUAUAAUAUAAUGUCUGGAUCAUUUUAUAAUAUAUUUUAUAAUCAUUAUUAUAAUAUAAUGUCUGGAUCACUUUACUUUAAACUUUAGAUGAAAUUACAGACGUCAUUUUUAUAUUAUAUUAUUAAUAUAUGCAAUAGCUGUAAACUUAGCUCAUCAUUAAUUUACUACAGAUAAUGUCAUUUUCAUGUUAUAUUAAUAAUAUGUGUAAAUAGCUAUAAACUGCAUCGUUAAUUUAGCUGUGUGAAAAUAAAGCAUGAAUAUUUCAUUUCCUCGGUUGCAAAUAGGUAAAAAAAAAAAACAAAUUAUCAUUAGAUUUAAAUAAUUUGAAUAAUAUGAUCAAAUAGAUAUUAUAAAAGAUAUGGAUAUUAUGGAUCUAUAAUGGAUAUUAUGGAUGAAAUGUGA